CACUCUCCCCCCUCCCCCUCCUCUCUCGGUCCGUUUACCGGCUGCUCUCUGCGCGCUGCGGGGCCACACUGCGACCACCGAGGAGGAAGAGGAGGACCGCGGACCGAGGGGGGGCCACAGCGGAACGGAACCGAACCGCAGAACCAGUCGAGGAGGAGACAGACCGCGCGGAUAAAAAAAAAAUCCCCCCGAACAAGAAGCGGCAGAAGGCGGAGACGCGUCACACCGCGCCGUUCCUCCCUCCAUCUCUGUCUGUCCCGGAGAACCGACGAGCACCGAGCAGCGGAGCCGCUGAGAGGAUCGGUGAAGCUCGGAGCAGAACGACGAAGGACGCGGUGCUGAAGCCUCCCCCCCCUCCCCUCCCGGACUACGGCCGAUUCUCCGGUUUCUAGCAGCGGCGCGGCGACACCAUGAAGGACCGUACGGCGGAACUGCGAAGCGCUAAGGACAGCGACGAUGAUGAGGAGGUGGUGCAGGUGGACAGGGACCACUUCAUGGAUGAGUUCUUCGAACAGGUGGAGGAGAUCAGAGGCUGUAUAGAAAAGCUGUCGGAGGACGUGGAGCAGGUCAAGAAGCAGCACAGCGCCAUCCUGGCCGCACCCAACCCUGACGAAAAGACCAAACAGGAGUUGGAGGAUCUCACAGCUGACAUCAAGAAGACAGCCAAUAAAGUCCGCUCAAAAUUAAAAGCAAUCGAGCAGAGCAUCGAGCAGGAGGAGGGUCUCAACAGAUCAUCAGCGGACCUCAGGAUCCGCAAGACACAGCACUCAACGCUGUCACGCAAGUUUGUGGAGGUGAUGACUGAGUACAACACCACGCAGUCCAAGUACCGCGACCGCUGCAAAGAUCGCAUCCAGAGACAGCUGGAGAUCACUGGAAGAACCACCACCAACGAGGAGCUAGAGGACAUGUUGGAGAGUGGCAAGCUGGCCGUCUUCACCGAUGAUAUCAAAAUGGACUCUCAGAUGACCAAGCAGGCCCUGAACGAGAUCGAGACCCGACACACCGAGAUCAUCAAGCUGGAAAACAGCAUCCGCGAGCUGCACGACAUGUUCGUGGACAUGGCCAUGCUGGUGGAGAGCCAGGGAGAGAUGAUUGACAGAAUUGAGUACAACGUGGAGCACUCCGUUGACUACGUGGAGCGAGCUGUUUCCGACACCAAGAAGGCUGUCAAAUACCAGAGCCAGGCUCGCAAGAAGAAGAUCAUGAUCAUCAUCUGCUGUGUCAUCCUUGGCGUGGUCCUGGCGUCGUCCAUCGGCGGCACGCUCGGCAUGUAAGACGCUCCGCCUCCUGCCGCCGUGACGACAGACACCGACCGACCAACCGACUGACCGUCCAACCGACAGCCAGCAGAGAAAAGAAACACCAACGACGACGACGACAACCACAAAAAACUUGAAACACAAAUGCAAGACAGAUAACCAAUCAGCUAGGAAGAUAUCGACCCAAUCACAGUUAAGAGGAAACACCUCGGGUUCAAGGGUGGGGUUUAAAAAACAAAGAAAAAACACAAUGAAAACGCCAUCACAUUAUAGCUGACGUAACUACAUAUACAAAAGAGGGUACAAAUAUUUAUUACAGAUGUAAAUGUAUUGAACAUAUGAAGCAACACAUGGGUUAGCUACCUGUACAAAUUCAUCAGCUACAAUACCACAUUGUUUGUUUGUUUGUUUUGCCUUUUUUCUUGUUUUUUUUCUUCCGGGAGUCUCCGAGGACAGUGAUGGCGGCGGCGGCAGGGUGGGAGUUCUGUGGGACGAAUCUUAGCUUCUGGAACAUUCUGGAGAACGAGCUGCGUUCGGGAACCAACGUUCCCGAGUGUAGAUCGUGACCUACAGGACAAGCGCCCUCUGGCUCCGGUAGAACCCGGUAGAACCCGCUCCAUCCCCUUGUUUCCGGGCUCGGCCGCCUCUUUAGGCCACCCCUCAUUGGUUGCUCACUCCUGUCAUUCACCUCCGUCAGCCUGUCGAAUCAGCCCGACCUGCCACACGCCAUGUAAGGAAACAGCAUGACAGGUUCCCACGACAACAGCCUCCCCUUCUUGUCACACCAAUCCAACCAAAGAGCACGGGGAGGGAGGGAUCUGAUUGGCUGGCAGCAAAAUAGCAUGAAACACCCUGACAGGAGAGCGGUGGGAAGGAAGAGGGGCAGGAGGGUUGAAGGAAGGUGGAGGAGAUGGACAGUUAAUCUAUGCAGCUCAGAUCAAAAGAAACACUCGUCCCGCCUCCCCGAACUGAGCCAGCCAAUGAGGAUCAAGCUGUCGCAGCUGUUCUUCCGGUAGAUUCCAAAAAAACGAAGAGAACACAUCAAAAAGUAAAAGAAACAAGAACACUACUAACAAACAAAAACCCGGUUCAUUUGUUUUCGAUGGGGAACGUUUGUCGCUUCGUUGUUGCCGUGGUGCUGCUGUGUUGGUGCGACGCAUCCUGUGACCGAUCGACCUUCAGUGUUUCGUGUCGUCCCUCCAUCUCUGAGUGUGUGUGAAGGUUUCUUAGUGGUGGAUUUUCUCUGUGGAAGGUGGAACAUGUGACACACACACAUUCAUAUAACACAACACGCAUGAACACGUCGUAUUUGUAACUUUUCAUGCACCGGAAAACUCCCAUUAAACUCUCUUUUGUCCCACCUCAUAGACUGCAUAGCUUAGCAUGCUUUAACGUUAGCUUGUGUUUCAUGUGGAAGCCGUUUGUUGCAGACUGUUUUUUGGGGAUUAUUUUCAUUCAUUGUUGGAGACAUUUUUUUGUGUGCGUGAUGGAUAAAAGACAGUUUCAGAAAAGGCACUUCCAUUGGCAACUUUACAAACUUGGAAGUAAAAUACACUAAAUUUGUUGUUUUAAAACAUAGACUAGACUGUGUUAGCAUUAGCAGGUAGAGCACAGAACCACUUCCAUUUCUAAAUACAACUGAGGAACAUCAUUGCUGCUGACUGGGACAUAACAGUGUUACAUUUCAAGACUGUAUUUGUUGUAAACGGGUGUUCAGGUGAUAACUUGGUGUGUUUUGCCCCGACUGGACACUUAGGUUUUUGUUAUCGCUCAGGCUCUGUGAUACGGAGGCUUAUCUGCUUCUGUUGAGGCCUUCGCUGCAUGAUGACCACAAACACCACCUUACACUCACAUAACAGUCAGUCUAGAGCAAUAAGAUUAGCGUCAUCUGAUAGAAAAAGGUGUUAGCGAGCUAGCUAGCUCAUCCCUUUUCUCUGGUUUCAUUUCUGCAUGAGUUUUCUGUUGCUCCCGGAGGCUACGCUCUGACAAGAAGUAAACAAAACUAUUGCGAGUUGCUUCUUUGAGCAGGCGGUCGCUGCUUUGUGUCUUCUCAGGAGUAGUUAGUGCCAUUAGUUCUAGGUGUCCGUGAUGCUGUGUAGAGGAUAAUACGAGUAGUUUUAGCUUCAAGUGUGGAGAUGAGAGGAGUUUUUAUUUUAUUAUUUGAUCUCCCAAAACCAAAACUUGACUUCUGUGUUCACCAAAGCUUCGCAGACGCCCCAAAAACCCUCCGAGAAUUUAGUCGUCAGUAGAUUUAGAACAGUUUCUCUGCUGUUGUUGUUUCAUAGCUGCCUCUGUCUUUUUGAGUGUUUUCCAGCAGCAAGUUAACCCUCUGAACUUCCAGCAGGAGUUUCUGGACGCUUUUAUCUUAUAUGUCUCAUUUUUCUUCACUGUGGUUCAUUUUGCAGUCUAAAGUCCUGCAGCUCUAUGGAAACAACAUCACGAAGGAGAAAGAACUCUCUUUUAGAUCUGUUUGUAAAAAACACUGAUAUGAUGUGGAAAUGACGAAGUCAACACUAGAAACAAAUGGAGGCUGCACAUACAUACACAUACUUUUUUCAGUUUAGUUUUUUGUGAAUUUUCAAACGAGACAUGUAGAAAAGUGGUUUUGAUAAAUUUAGUUUUCCAACAGAACCACAUAUCUAAGAGGAGGAGUUCAAGGACUGGCCAUUUUCUUCAAUUUUUUACAGUUUCCAACUGAUAAUUGCUGAAAUUGCAGUAUUUCUUUUACAGAUAAUAUUUCUGUCAAACCCAGCCAACAGGUUCUGGGGUUCAGAGGGUUAAAAAUAUUCUCCUUUAGAUUUUUCCUGGAUGUUUCCGACUUGUUUAACUGACUUGCCUGUUGCUUCAUUCAUCCCCACCACAUUUAACUCCACAUUCUCGGCGGUCGAUGGUUGUCCAGGUGGCGUCACAGUCGUCGCGGUAGUUUAGCAGCGGUCAGGCGGCGGUGAAGACGAUGUGAGGAUGCUGUCGUAGCACCAGCCAGCUUGUUGACACUGAUGUUGCUUUGCCAUGUGUGUGUGUCUGUGUGUGUGUGUGUGUGUGUGUGCGCGUGCGUGUUUUCUGUAAAGCGGACAAACAUCACAGAACCAUAACGGCAUUAUCGGUUAUAACGAACGGCUCCGUGAGUCUGUCCGAGCGUUCGGCGCCCCCGUCCUCGUGUCUUCCCUGUUCCUGUUCCUGUUGUGUUGUAGUUGUUGUACGAAAAGACGAGGGUCGACCCCGCCCACACCGCUGUGUGAUAAUUAUAAUAAUAAUAAUAAAAAAGGCAUGCAAAAGCUUUGUGGAGUUUGCAUGAUGGUGUUUUUUGUAGCCCACCCCCCACCCUGGCGUCCAUCUUUACCACUCAUGUUUGGUUAGCACAUUAGCUUCUGGCUUUCUCGUUCCAACUUAUUCAGCAUUUUUAUCUAAAACACGUUGUGUGUUUAGUUUGGAACGUUUUGUUGAAGGUGAUCAGUUUUCCAUCCCGCUUCGCCCCGACCCCCCGACACUGACCUCCAAACCUCCCGCUGGGUUUCCCGCCGCUGUUUUCUCUGCUUGUUGGCAGCGACGGCGGCCGAAGCUCCGCCUAACGUUGUGUGUGUGCAGCAUGCCUCCCUCCCUCUGCAGCGAGUCGAGAUUGCAAAUGUGUGUGUGUUUGUGUGUGUUGCAGCAGCACAAGUUUGUGUAGAUGUGCGAAGCGUCUGAUCGCAGGUCGGCGGGCUGCAGCCGCUCCUCUGAUUUCACUUUUAUUUAAACUGCGACAAAAGAGAUCAGACAUAUUUACAUAUUGUUCUGUUUACCCGAUUCAAACCAAAGCAUUUCCCCUCGUGUUCUCAAAACGUUCGCCGCUAAUUUCAAAGAGCACAAAGCAAGUCGAGUUUACACAGAGAUUCACAAACGGAGAAUAAAUAUAGAAAUAAAGAAAACAGCAAGCCCCGCCCACCACCAGCCCUCACUGCAUGUCCAUCAAUCAAACCUGUCCGAUAUUGAUCUUAAGCCACUCCCCCUUUCCUUUCCUCUGCGCCUGUAGAUGUUCGUUUGUGAAAAAUCUGACGCAUAAUCAAAAAAAGUUAGCAUACGUACGCUUCUCCUUCACUGAGGCAAACACGGAGACGACGGUGGUGCUUUCUUCUUCUUUAUUUAUAGACUGCUGUUAUUUUGGUGUCAUUAUUUCCUGUGUUUACCAGUCGUAUUGGCGCUGCAGGAUCGAUGCUCGCCGCAGAGUUUCAGGGUUCGCUAGUUGGUUAGCUCUUCUCUCGCAGUUCCAUCCACAGUCCGAGCUGUUGGUGUUAAUCACGUGAACAUAAGGAAUGGUGUAAAGAAGCAGCGAUAUUCUUCUUUAUUCCUCUCUACUCCGUCUACAGCAAACAUAAUCUGGCUGAUUGUGUUACCAGAAGCUUAGUAGACAUUGAACGUUGCUGGCAAACUGUGGUGACAAACCACCGGUGAAGACUUUCUGGAAAGCGAAUAUCUUUGCUGCACUUUUAUUAUUUUUGUUGUCCGUCUUUUUCCUACAAAGUUCUGAUGGGCUGAACACCAGAAUUAUUGGUCUCAAAACUUGUUAGCGGUGAUCCGGAGGACUAAAAGAAAGGCUACAAGGUUUAUAUCAGAUGGAUAAAUUGACAAAUAAAUCAAAGAAAAAUAGGGGUUUUUUUUGUUUUUUGUUUUUUACACUACUUUUGCUUCGAAGUUACAACAUGAGCACCAUAGAAAAUUAAAAUCAGGAGCUAUAAACGAUUUCCACCUGAAUGCAGCAUUUGCUGACUAGCUUCACUCGGACCUGCAGCGAGCAUCUUUCUGUUUGCGACAACCGACUGCAGCCUUUCAAGACACAUAUAUACGCAAGAAUAUAUAAAUAUAUAUAUAAAGUUACAUCAACAUACUGCGUUUCUAUAACUGUGUGUGUAGCCAUUACUGCUUCUUCUGGCUGUGUGAGUCGGAGCGAGGCGUCGGAAGCAGGAGAAAAUCAUCUGGAGGGAGUUUGGGUACGAUACCACGCCUCCAAAGAUAGCAUUAGCUGUUAGCCAUUAGCUGGCGCGUUGCUUCACAUGCUGACUCGUGGUCUCCGUGUGGACGCGACGCACCGCGCAGUUAUUUCUGCAAACUGACGAGGAUCUGAGUUCGUUCCUCUGCCGUCGGACGUUUAAACUCUGCUCUGCGAUGAUUUUUGUCUUCCUGAAACCAUUUUUCAAAAACCAAAACCUGUCCGGUGCCCCGCUCCGGGUGAAGUGAUGAAUUUGUUUGUUUGUUUGUUGUGGCCGCGGCCCGCUGUCGUCAGCAGGAGCCACCGCGGCGAUUCCAUUGAUGCUCCGCCCAUUUCUGCUCUGACAGUAUUCGGUUUGCAUCAGUGUUUCUGUUCCCUAGUGGGAGGGGUGGGAGGAGUCAGGGGAGGGGCCACACAGACCACGCCCACAUUAUCCCUGCCAUAGCAAUUAGGAAAGACACUUGUUAUUAUCAUUAUUAUUAUUAUUAUUAUUAUUAUUAUUAUUAUUGUUAUUAUUAUUAUUAUUAUUAUUAUUAUUAUUAUUACCAUAAUGAGAAUAAAAUGCAGUAAGAGGGAGAACGGCUUCACACAAAGUGAUCAAACUAACAGAAAAAAGGGAGGUUCUGACGAUUCUGUAAUAGCAAUGAUUUAAAGAAAAGGAGUUAUGUUAUCAUAAAUAAUAGUAGUAAUAUUGAAUAUUGAAUGCUCGCAAUUUUGUCAAACUGAAACUGGAUUCUUUGUGUUAUGUAAUUAUUGUAAAUAACUUCAAAGAGAGAAAAAAUGACUUGCAUGUCUAUGUAUAAAUCUACUGAGAUAUCUAUUCCCGUCAAAGUUGACAUGUAGUUCGAUCUCUGUCCUUUAUUUUUCUCCCCCGUCCUCACCUCCGGCCCGCCGCCCUCCCGUAAACACACCUGAUCUUGUUUCUGAUUGGCUGAGUGGCGACAGCAGAGGAAAGAGAAAAGUAGCUUCCAGCGUCCGUCGGUUCAGACGCUGCGUUCACGCUCACCUGCGGGGUUUACAGGUGUGACGGCGCGUCGCAGCUUUAAACUCUUCAAAGAUCCUGGCAGGUUUCUGUAAACGCAGCCAAACCUCACCUCCGCCCAUCAGCCCAGCUCCAGAGGCUCCGCCCACUGGCUCCUCUGAUGAAAGUGCUUCCCUCCAUAUUAGGAAAACUAACCCCGCCUCCAGGGCUCUCCAGGCCACACCCCCUGAUCACUUUGGAAGCCCUGUUAGCGGUUUCCUCUCGUCUCUCUCUCUCUCGCCGUUCGCCUCUCGGCCACAGCGAGCUCGCCAAACAACAUCCUGAAACUGGGUCUCUUUACCCGCCUGCCUCCCCCAGAGAUUAGCCUGCACCUUUCCAGCGAGUAGCCAUAUCCCAAACAGCCUGUGAGAACGUCAAGCUGUGUAAGUCAAGUUGCUUCGUGAAACUUUUCAGUAAAAGCACACUUCUGUCAGCAUCUUCUCACUGGUCGUCACACGAAAACUGCAAUCUAGAGCUACUCUUGUUGCAGCAAGGUCUGGGCCCUGUUUCCCAAUGCCUAAAUUCUUUUGGAAGAAACAAAAUCACAUGCCGACAAACCUCACUGUCUUCCUUUCGAUCGUUCAGUCCUCGCCGAGUUCCUCGAGGAGAUCUGCGGCCGCUCGAAGCCAUCGAAGGUUGAACCAAAUGGAGUUCCGUUUUACCUGAACACACCUUCGAGGGCUUCGAGGUGCCGCCUACCGUCAGGCCCCGCCCUCUCGCCUCACACAGGCCUAUCGUAACACAGCGUGCAAUAUUCAGAGAAACAAGGGCUUUCUUUAUCAUGCAGAGGCGCUUCGACCGCCGCAGGCCUCCUCCUGCACCGACUCGCCAAAUUUUAGACACCGCGAACACGCCAAAGCAGAAGUCCUGCAUCUUUCUGUUGGUUUUAGUUUCCCGGCAGGUAAACUCGGGGGAACCGGCGGGUGAGAGACGUGAAGUGAGAGAAAAUAUUCCCAAACCGAACGAGGACACGGCGAUCGCUCUUCACUCGCAACUUUGACCGGAAAUGCAACUUGUGUCCCGUUUUUUUUGUGUGUGUGUAUGUGUGCGUAGCGUAAUGUAAAAGCGAUCUGUCCCCCUCCCUCCCCCGCCCCUCCCCCCUCUAAAAACACCCUUCCCCAUCUCCCCCUCCUCCCCCCUCUCUCGUACUGCUGUUGGCUGUUCUGUUUAGUUCAUGUGACGUGCCAGUAUUCCCCCUCCUCCCCCCUUCUUUACCCCUUUUGCCCCACCCACCCCGUCCUCCCCCCUCCCCCUCCUCACCCUCCCCCUUCCUCUCUCGCUCUCCCCCUCCCUCCCCUCCCCCCUUCAUGGAUCUUUAAGAUGACAACUCUAUGCAGAUGCUGUCUUUUAUAAGUGUGUCAAAAUUUUAAUUUAAAAUAAAAACUGAAAAAAACAAACCCUGACAGACAUAUUGAAACGAUAACAAAAAAUGAAUAAAGAAAAGGAUUGUUCAGUGUA